CCAGAAGAUCCCCGCACUGCCGGGUGGCUCAGGGACACUGGUCAGAUUCUGCAGGCUGGGUCCACCCUGGCCAGCUUGAGCUGGACGCCCUUCCUCAGGGACUUUCUAUCAUCUCCAGCCCAGGAUUCCUAGCCCUGGGCCCCUAGGACCUUGGGAUUCAGAAGUUGGUUUUGUGCCCAGGAACAGAUGGCCAGUGGAUCUGCACGGCUAAGAGCACCUGGAUCUCGUUCCAGCUCAGCCAGAGGAGGGCUCCUUGGGAUAAGGCAGAUGCCCCAGCUGAAAAGAUUCAUGGCCACAGAGGACACAGACCACCAGUGUAGGGAGGUGGUUCUGAAGGAGUUUCCUCAGGUGAGACAGGAGCUGGAGGAGUGCAUAGCGCAGCUCCACGCGCUGGCUGACAAGGUGGACAAGGUGCACAGGCACUGUGCCAUCUCCAACGUGGUGUCCAGUUCCGCCGGCGCCGUGUCUGGCAUUCUGACCAUCGCUGGCCUGUCCCUGGCACCUGUGGCAGCUGGGGCCAGUCUGGUGCUUGCAGCAACUGGGGCAGGACUGGGGGCAGCAGCAGCUGUGACCAGGCUGUUCACCAGCAUCGCAGAGGUUGUAGAGAACCAGUCCGCAAAGGACAAAGUCAGAAGGCUAGUGCCAACUGGCAUCAAGGAGUGGUACAUGGUCAAGGAGAAUGGAGAUCAGAGAAGAUUCGAACUGGAGUCCUUAGCACAAUCUUGCUUUAAAUCCCUGCAAAACGUUGUGAAGAAUGUGGAAGCCUAUAACCAGGCCAAAGACAACCCUAGCUUAGUAGCCAAGGCCAGGGUGUUCCUGGCCACUGGAAACACCUCUGACGAAAGCCACAAGGAACUGCAGGCAGCUUUUAGAGGCACCUUUCUGGCAAUGGACACGGAAUCCAGGAAGUCUGUGAGAGUCGAUGCAGCUCACUCAUUUGUGGCAGAUGUGAUCACACUUGCCCGAGAGGCAAAGCACUUGGAUGACGGGGCAAAGGCACAGUUGGCUGAAGAGUUGAGGCAGCUGGCCUGGGAGCUGGAGAGCGAAUUGAAGAAACUCACUCAGAAUCAGCAGGAGGUAGAGCGGCUCAACAAGCAGCUCCACAUUCAGAGGGAGGGCCUCAUGAGCUCCCUGGACAGUGUGGACAAGAGGGUCUGGGAGAAGAACUACUUUCGAGAGCUGGAGGACAGGCGCACCUUCCGCGAGGAGAUCCUGGCGCAGGCCAAGGAGAACGAGAAGAAGCUGAAGAGCAUGGCAGCCGAGAUGAUUCAGCUGCAGGAGGUAAAAGCCAACCUUGAAAAGGCCAAGCAGACCCUGGAGCAUGAGCGAGGGGAGCUGGCCAAGGAGGUGAAGGUCCUGCUGCAGGGCAAGUGGGACUCAGAGCACAAGUGGCAGAAAGUGGAGGCCCAGCUGCAGGCGCUGCAGGUGAAGUUCAAGGAGGGAGAGCGCAACUGCCAGCCCCCGGGCCUGGGCGCCGCUCCCUGCAGCCGCUCCUCCGUCUUGGCCCUGUUUGCCAAGACGGCUGCUCUUUCUCUUCUUCUUAUUCUUCUCUUUCAUUUCGUUUUUUUUUCUUCUUCUAGUUUCUAAUUUUAAGAAAUCCUUCAUUUUGAAAGUGUUUUAAAAUACCAUUUUUACUUAAGCCAGCCUCAAAGAUAAGCACAAAACUGACCGGUUCACUUUUUUAACCACGGCCACCAGAGCCGCCACUUCUAGGCGGCGUGCUCUGCCAGCCGAGAGCAGAGGGAGGCUCGGACUCAGACCGUGACUUUGCUGCCCGAGGGUCAGACCACCUCGUGCAGAGAGGAGACGUGCACAUGGUCGCCGGGCACAUGGUGGCCAUUCCUACUGCUGACCUGCCCCGGACUCGCCCUGGCUCACGGAAAAGCUAGUUCCUGCCCAAUUCAGGAUGUUUCAGUGAACUCAACCCCCAUUUCCUUAAAACAUAGAAGAGCAGAACUCUUUUUUUUUUGUUGUUAAAAACUAAAAAAAGGAACAAUUCUCCACAAAAGGGCAUUUUCUGUUUUUAAUAAGUACUUUUAAAAUUUCUUUUUUCCCCUCUAGCUUUUAAGUCUCCUCCUUCCGAUAUUGCCUUUUCCUGUACAAAACAGAUAUCUUUUUAUGCUGUUUUUCUUUUUCUCAAAAUAAAAAAGUACUGCAGCUUAAAGACUAAACAUUUGCAAGACUAGUGAUAAAUAUUUUUAAAAAUUUAAAGAUGAAUCACCUACAUUACCUUGAUUAAGUCAAAAAUAAAAACCAGUUGGCACUAAGAUGGCUCUUUUAAGUGUUUAAACAAUUUUAAAAGCUGGCCCUGGCUCGUGCGGUUCAAUAGAUUGAGCAUGGGCAUGCAAACCAAAGGGUCGCUGGUUCGAUUCCCAGUCAGGGCACAUGCUGGGGUUGCAGGCCAGGACCCCAUUUGCAGGCGCGUGAGAGGCAACCACACGUUGAUGUUUCUCUCCCUUUCUUUCUCCCUUCUCCUCUCUCUAAAAAUACAUAAAUAAACUCUUUUUAAAUUUUUAGAAAAUGUGUAUUUAUUUUGUAAGAAUGCACCGCUAGACCAAAGCAACUACGUUUUUAAAAGUUCUUGGCUGUGCUGACCGGGGCGGCUCCAUUUGUUAGGCAAUCAUCCCACAAAGUGCAAGGUCACCGGUUGGAUUCCAAGUCAGGGCUCACGCCCGGGUUGCAGGUCUGGCCCCUGAUUGGGGUGGAGUACAAGAGGCCACCAAUCACACUGAUGCUUCUCUCCCUCUCUUCCCUCCCUCUCCCUCGCUUUAAAGAUAAAUUUUAAAAAUCUUUAAAAUAAAAUCUUUGGCAAAAAAUUUACAAAAACUUUUUCCAUUGAACCUAAUAAAAGUG